AUGGCUCCAGACCGGGGAUACCGCGACGAUGAAGACGGGCAUGAUGGUCACAGUGUUGUCAGAUCUAGCAGUACUGUCCAGAUCCACGACGCCAACACUGCGAACACCCUUAAGCAAGGACCCGUUAUCAACGGCCGCAGCUUCACUCUUCGCGGUGUCCUUGUCGGCCUUUUGGUCGGCCUCGUCAUCUGCUUCUCAAACAUGUAUUUUGGCCUACAGACUGGAUGGGUAAGCACCAUGACCAUGCCGGCCAGUCUGCUCGGCUUCGGCAUUUUCAAGGCGCUUUCUCGCCACCUGUUGUUCCCCUUCAGUCCUGUCGAAAACGUGCUCGUUCAGACUGUGGCUGGAAGCAUGGCCAUCAUGCCACUCGGCUGCGGGUUCGUUGGUGUGAUUCCCGCAAUGAACUACCUCCUAGCUCCCGAAGAACAAGGACCCCUCAACAUUCCUCUCUGGAAGCUGGUCCUCUGGUCCCUGGGCCUCUGUUACUUUGGCGUUGUCUUUGCCGUCCCCCUUCGACGGCAGGUAAUCAUACGCGAGAGGCUGCGCUUCCCAAGCGGCUUCAGCACUGCCGUGCUCAUUGGGGUUCUUCAUGGUCAAACACGCAAGGCCGGUCCCGAUGCCGUAUCGGGUGGCUUUGCAAGUCUGGUCCCGGAUCAGGAUGGCAAGUCGGACCCGGCACCAGAAUCUGUCCAUGGUGAUACUGCAAACAUUGCGGACCCCGAGAGCGCUAACUUUGAUGGCCCGGAGAACGGGUCUCCUGACGACUGGGCGCGGAACAUGAGGCUACUGUUGAUAUGCUUUGGAGUCUCGGGCCUCUACACACUCUGCUCUUACUUCUUACCUGCGCUGCGGAACAUCCCCAUCUUCGGCAGCAAGGCUGCUGGGGUUUGGUUGUGGACUUUGAAUCCAAGCCCGGCCUACAUCGGCCAGGGCAUCAUCAUGGGUCCCGAGACAACUUUGCACAUGCUCUUCGGCGCUGUCAUUGGAUGGGGUGUACUAUCCCCCUUGGCCAAGUAUCAGGGUUGGGCGCCCGGCUCCAUCGAUGACUGGGAGACUGGCAGCAAAGGCUGGAUCGUGUGGGUUUCUCUAGCCAUCAUGCUUGCUGAUGCUAUCGUUAACCUUGGGUACAUCGCCUUCCGACCACUGGCGCAACAAUUCCGCAGCGAAGGCAUCACAGGAUUUUGGCAGCGUAUGGUGGACCAAGGGCAACAGUAUCUGGGGACUGGACACAGUUCGAGCCAGGGCUACUCGGCUUUGAACACAGACGAAGACGGAGAAGCAACAAGCACCUCCAGGCUUUUGCCGGGGGCGACACAAGGCCCAGCCGUGCUUCGCAGAGCGUCGUCGUCGACAAAUGAUGGUUUCCGGUUGGAUGAGGCAGACGCACCGCCGGAGCAGCAAAUCAGCAACAAGGUUGUGGCUGUCGGCUUAGUCUUGUCGAUCCUGCUUUGCAUCGCGACCAUCCACCUAGUUUUUGGUGACCUUGUCCCGCUUUACGCGACCGUCGUCGCUGUUCUCAUGGCGCUCCUUCUCAGUAUCAUGGGUGUCCGAGCACUCGGCGAGACGGAUCUCAACCCCGUUUCUGGCAUUAGCAAACUUGCACAGCUCUUCUUCGCUCUCAUCAUACCUCAGUCGCAUAAGUCGAGUGUGUUAAUCAACCUAGUGGCAGGCGCUGUGUCCGAAGCAGGUGCCUUGCAAGCGGGCGACCUCAUGCAAGACCUCAAGACAGGCCAUCUUCUCGGAGCUGCACCUAACGCCCAAUUCUGGGGCCAGGUAAUUGGUGCGACGGCAGGCGCCAUCGUCAGUGCCUUUGUGUACCAGCUGUACACAGCAGUCUACACCAUUCCCGGUGAUCUAUUCCAGGUCCCUACAGGCUACGUGUGGAUAUUCACAGCCAGGUUGGUCACAGGAAAGGGCUUGCCGCCCAUGGCUCAAGAGUGGGCACUCGGGUUUGGCAUUAUCUUUGCCAUAACGACUUUUGUCAGGGCGACGACGACUGGCAGGGUGUGGCGGCCGCUGGUGCCAGGAGGCAUUGCCGUGGCGGUUGGAAUGUACAACGUGCCAUCUUUCACACUAGCCAGGACGGUUGGCGGUAUGCUCAGCUGGUACUGGAUCACAAGGCGAGGCGAGUCGAGUACGCCGCUGAUUGUGUUGGCUUCGGGAUUCAUUCUUGGCGAGGGGUUCCUCAGUAUCGUCAACCUCAUUCUGCAGAGCCUCGGCGUACCACACUACUAG